AUGCCUCCAAGGAAAACAAAGUCGGCCGCCAAAAAUGAUAGUGCUGCUUCUGGUGCAGUGAGGUCUAUAACAUCACCAGAAAAUCCAAGGAUCAAAAGGCCUCGCCGCGAGGAAGACGCGUCUUCUGGCGAAAAAUCAAACCCGAUUUCUUCAUCGCAUGUUGCUCAAGAAUCAUCUCAUCCUGUUCGUUCUGAGCCCAAUGACGAUACUGAUCCGGUUAUUCAGAAAAGAUGGGAAACCAUUAAAGAACGACUAUUUGAAAUUCCCAAACUUCCGAAGCCACCAUACAAGGACUAUCAAGAAAAAAUUGUGGUCAAACAUCCUUGGAUGAAAAAGAAAGAUAUUGAUUACCUUCAGAAGCUUCUCACCGAUCCCAAUUCGCCUCUAGGACAUAAGUACAUUAAGCACAUUAUCAAUCAUAAUGUCUAUAGCGGGUUUACAGAUGAACAAAAAACUCGUCUCAUGAAUCUUCUACCACGUUCGGACCUUGUUCCAAUUGCAAGUGACGCAGGUGAACCUAUUGACACACCAAGGAUAGAACGUGAACGCCAAGCUCAAGGUCUAAAACUAUAUGAAGCUGGAAUAUCUGGCACUAUUACUGAAAUAGAUCCGUACAAAGUUGUUCCGCGGUUCGAUUUUUGGUUAUCCGAUGCAUUUAAAGAUUCCCGAUGGUGGUUCCAAUUGAGCGUUAAAUAUGGAUAUUUCACAAAAUUAGGUGUUGAUUCGCAAUGGACUAAUUUAGAAAAGUUCAAAACUGAGGUUCCUGAUGUCUGGAAAAACGACGCUUAUGAGCAAGAUUGGGGCAUCGGGAUUUGGGGGAGAAUGGGGAACAAGCAAAUUGCAGGUGAUUCUGCUCAAAUAACAUUACAAGAGAUGGCCAAGGCAUUGAUAAUUAGAGUCGACGAUACGUUAAAAUAUAAACGACAGUUUAAAAAUAUUGGUGUCUCUGUUACCAUGGAUUUAAAAGUUAUCGCUGUUGACAAAUCAAAUGGCAAUCUCACAAUAAAAUUUCAAAAAGGAAAACAGAGCAAAACAAUCAACGAUAUAGCUAAUCCAACCCGUCUGGAGAACGAAUUACUUAAUUUUGAUGGUAGAGUACCGAAAGAGUCACGUCCUAACGGCAAUGCCUUUAAAAAUUUUUCGAUUGUACGUUCCCCUGAGUACGCUCCAAGUCUAUUUGAAGUUGUUGACAUUGAUGAUUCCGUAAUGGCUUUGGAUCACGAUGCAAAUUUAUUUGCUAAUUUUGAAAUUUUGAAAAGAAUUAAUUUGAAAUUAUUGAAG